UUAUUAAAAAAAAAAAAAAAAAAGGAAGAAAAAAGCGCUUCUUCCUGAAUCUGAACUCAAAAUCAAAACAGUUCAAAUUCAAAAUCCCUAGCACACACUCACUACCUCUGUUCCCUCGCUACCUCUUCCACUCUCUUAGACUAAGCAGGUCAGUUGCGGCAUGACAUCUGUCCAACCGCCGGCCCCGGGCCGCGAGCUAUCUAACCCUCCCUCCGACGGCAUCUCCAACCUCCGGUUCUCCAACCACAGCGAUCACCUGCUCGUCUCCUCCUGGGACAAGAGCGUACGAUUGUACGAUGCCAGCGCCAAUGCGCUGCGAGGCGAGUUCUUGCACGGCGGUCCCGUUCUCGACUGUUGCUUCCACGAUGAUUCAUCGGGUUUCAGUGCCAGUGCCGAUCAUACAGUUCGACGGCUUGUCUUCAGCUACAAUAAGGAGGAUAUUUUGGGAAGGCAUGAUGCGCCUGUGCGUUGUGUUGAAUAUUCUUAUGCAGCAGGGCAAUUAAUCACGGGUAGUUGGGACAAAACCUUGAAGUGCUGGGAUCCUAGGGGUGCAAGUGGGCAGGAUCGCACUCUUGUUGGGACAUACCCACAACCUGAGCGUGUUUACUCACUUUCUCUUGUUGGAAAUCGAUUAGUUGUAGCAACUGCAGGAAGACAUGUAAAUGUCUAUGAUCUGAGAAAUAUGUCUCAACCUGAACAGCGAAGGGAAUCUUCAUUGAAAUAUCAAACUAGAUGUGUGCGCUGCUAUCCCAAUGGAACAGGAUAUGCCCUGAGCUCUGUUGAAGGAAGAGUCGCAAUGGAAUUUUUUGAUCUCUCAGAGGCUAGUCAAGCCAAAAAGUAUGCGUUUAAGUGCCAUAGAAAAUCAGAGGCUGGAAGGGACAUUGUCUACCCAGUAAAUGCCAUUGCAUUCCACCCUGUCUACGGUACAUUUGCGACUGGAGGUUGUGAUGGCUUUGUGAAUGUGUGGGAUGGGAAUAACAAGAAGAGGCUGUAUCAGUACUCAAAAUAUCCGACAAGCAUUGCAGCACUUUCAUUUAGCAGAGAUGGCCGCCUUUUGGCGGUGGCAUCAAGUUAUACAUAUGAAGAGGGGGACAAAGCUCACGAACCAGAUGCUAUCUAUGUUCGCAGCGUAAAUGAAAUAGAAGUCAAGCCAAAGCCGAAAGUCUACCCAAAUCCUCCCGCAUAACAGAAAAUGUAUAAUCUCCUGGCUGUUCCAUAAUGGUCUGGAUGUAUAAUUUUUUAUGUUCUGUGGACGAACUUUUGUAAUAUCCACAAGAGUUAGCAAAUGGUCCGCAUGAGUUGGGUGUUAAAA